CCGAUUUUGCCCAAUGUUGGCCCAACGCGUUCUGGGUUCUGGUCGUAGCGGGCAUGUUAUGUAGUUACAUUAACUAUUCAUAUUUACGAUUUGGGCGAGAUAUUUGGCAGGUUUUGAUCUGAAGGGUGGAGGACGUCUGGUUUUGAUCUUGAUUCUGAACGAGUUGGUUUUAAGUUUUGGGUAAUUGUAUUCCGGGGGAGGUUUUCAGUGUGACCUAUACACCCGACAAGAUGUGGCCCUCCCCGGCCCUGGACUCCCAGUCGUCGGUGUCCAGCGACGACGAGCAGAUGAACAGCAGCUCGUGGGAGCCGUCUGGCAGCGAGCCGGAGCCAGAGCCGGAGUCAGAGUCCGAGGCGGUGCCGGUGCCAAAGCCGAAGUCGGUCCAGAUCCGGCCGCUAUUCACAGCCGAGGAGGAGCGCGACAUGGUGACGUGGCUGACGCGGUGCGCCGCCCAAGGCUUGGCUAUCAGCCGGGCGCAGUUCAUCGAGGAGGUGCAGCGUAUCGUGCUGCUGGAGCAGCGCGGCGUGCAGAGCGAGAAGGGCGUGUCCGACUGGUUGGCGGCGUUCGAGUCGCGGUUCUCUGACGAGCUGCGCGCCUGCCGUCACGGGCCUCUGCUGACGGCCGGCGCGGCGCCAGUCCGCUCGCCGACGGCCUGGUACCGCUCGGUGAGCGCCGCGCUCGCCGCCCACCACCCGACCGUGGACUUCGCCGACCCGGAGCGCGUGUUCUGCCUGGGCGAGGUGAACCUGCGCCUGGACGUGGCCAGCCGCGUCACGUCCUCGGCGCUGAUGACGUACCUGGUCAAGUCGCUGGAGCCGUACCUGGCGUCGCGGGCCGUGGCGCGGCCCGUGCUGCUGUACGUGGACGGGCUGCGCCACCGCUGCGGCAUGACGCUCUCCCAGUUCUGCGACGACGAGCAGAUCGUGCUGGUGGGCCUGCCGCCGGCCGGCCAGCCGACCGGCUGCUCCUCGGUCUCGCUCAGCCGCCUCGUGUCCGGCAUCAGGCAGGCCACGCGCCGCGCCUGCAAGGAGACGAUCGCACAGGCGUUCACGUGA